CAGCUUACAUUAGACAUUGUUCUCUCUCAUUUUGCUCUCGCUUUUUUUUUUUUUUCUCAUUUUCGAACUUGUUGUUCAAGUGUUCUGCGUCUGCUUCUGUUUUUCUUCCAAAUAACAGAAGCAGAAAAAGGGUAUAGCUGAGGAAAUAAAAAAGUUGUUUUCUUCAUCGGGAUUUUAAUUUUUCUUUGUUUGAGUAAUGUACAUGUCUUAGCAGCUGGUUAAGAUUAAGGGUGAAGAGAAGGUUUUAGCUUGGGAGAGGGGGGAUGUCUAAAUCAGUGACUGACAAUUUUCCAGCUAGCUCUACCUCCAUUGUUUUGCGUGAACCAGAAGCAAAUUCGGAAAGAAAAAAGGAGAUGGGAAAUAUUCCGUCUCUUUUGUCGAAGAAUGUCCUUUAUUUCUAAGCAGAUCUAGUGGGUUGUUUACUUGUUUUCAAAACCUGUGUACAAUGAUCUUUCACUCUUGUUCUUAGCUUCCCAUUUGAUGCUCCUCUGUUUUUGCUUUGUUUUUUAAUCAGUUUUUUAACAAGGAAAAAGCUUGGAAAUGGAUCGGCUUUCUUCGAGGACUAUUCUUUCUGAUACAUUCCAGGGGACGAGAGAUGAUUUCUCCACGCAAAUGGCAUUGAUUUGGGGUCAGAUAAAAGCACCAUUGAUCGUACCAUUGUUGAGACUUGCGGUUAUCAUUUGUUUAAUCAUGUCUUUGAUGCUUUUCAUUGAGAGGGUUUAUAUGGGCAUAGUCAUUCUGUUGGUCAAGCUCUUUGGUCGAAAACCGGAGAGAAGGUACAAAUGGGAAGCGAUAAAAGAUGAUGUUGAGUUGGGAAACUCAGCUUAUCCCAUGGUUUUAGUUCAAAUUCCAAUGUACAAUGAAAGAGAGGUUUAUCAACUGUCAAUUGGAGCUGCAUGUGGCCUCUCGUGGCCUUCUGAUCGGAUCAUUAUUCAAGUCCUUGAUGAUUCAACUGACCCAACAAUUAAGGACUUGGUGGAAUUAGAGUGCCAAAGAUGGGCAAGCCAAGGCAUCAACAUCGAGUAUGCAAUAAGAGACAAUAGAAAUGGGUACAAAGCAGGCGCUCUUAAAGAAGGCAUGAACCGCAGCAACGUCAAACAUUGUGAUUACGUAGUAAUUUUCGACGCUGAUUUUCAGCCUGAACCUGAUUUCCUCUGGCGUACCAUUCCAUUCCUUGUUCACAACCCUGAAUUAGCUUUGGUUCAAGCUCGUUGGAAAUUCGUGAAUGCUGAUGAGUGCUUGAUGACGAGAAUGCAAGAAAUGUCACUGGACUACCAUUUCACUGUCGAACAAGAAGUGGGUUCUUCCACCUAUGCCUUCUUUGGCUUCAACGGAACUGCAGGAGUGUGGAGAAUUGCUGCUUUGAAUGAGGCGGGAGGAUGGAAAGAUAGAACCACAGUGGAGGAUAUGGAUUUGGCAGUCCGAGCUAGUCUUAAAGGCUGGAAAUUUCUCUACCUCGGAAGCCUGAAGGUGAAAAAUGAAUUGCCUAGUACCUUGAAGGCUUAUCGCUAUCAACAGCACCGGUGGUCUUGUGGUCCUGCUAACCUUUUCAGGAAAAUGAUUAUGGAGAUUAUUACAAACAAGAAAGUUUCCUCAUGGAAGAAGGUACAUGUAAUCUAUAGCUUCUUCGUGGUUAGAAAGUUUGUUGCCCACAUUGUUACAUUCAUCUUUUACUGCGUUGUGUUACCUGCAACUGUUCUUGUACCUGAAGUUGAGGUUCCAAAGUGGGGAGUUGUUUAUAUCCCUUCUAUUAUUACCAUUCUCAACACAGUUGGAACUCCAAGGUCACUUCACUUAUUGCUUUUUUGGAUCCUCUUUGAAAAUGUCAUGUCAUUGCAUCGGACAAAGGCUGCUUUCAUUGGCCUGUUAGAGGCUGAUAGGGUAAAUGAAUGGAUUGUCACUGAGAAACUAGGAGAUGCUCUCAAGGCUAGAGCAGCCACAAAAGCACCCAGGAAACCUCCUUUAUUUACAUUUGGAGAAAGACUCUAUUUAUCAGAGCUUUGUGUCGGAGCUUACCUCUUCUUCUGUGGCUGCUAUGAUGUUGUGUUCAGGAAAAACCACUACUUCAUAUAUCUUUAUGCCCAAGCAAUUGCCUUCUUUAUCAUGGGAUUUGGAUAUGUUGGCACCAUUGUAAUCAACUCUUAGUGCAACCUCCUAACGUAAUCGUUGGUCUAAUUCUUUUGGCUACUAACGCCCUCAGCGGUUCUUUCUCUACUCCAGCAACCGAAUAUGUGGCUGGCGGUUAUGUGUAGGGACAUUUCCCUCCAAUUUUAGUUUUGUAUAAAAGGAUAGGAAAAAACGCUUAUACUUUCAGGUUGAGUAUAAGAAUUCAAGCAAGUAACUCGAAACAAGUUAGUUCUCCUGUGAAUAUCCAAGAAAUUAAGGAAAAUGCAGAACAGAUGUUGUUAUGGUAGAGCAUCAUACGGAGAAGGAUCAAAUGAAGGCAGCUUCUAGGUUUAGACCCCAAAUAGAUAUAGGAAAGAUUUUGGAGUGAAUUGUUUGCUACUUUGAUUUCUUUCUUUUUUUCUUUUUGUAGCUCUUCUUCUUUUCCUCCUCUUUCCCAUUCUGUUGUGUUUGGGAUAUAUUUGAGAAGGACCAAAAUAAUAGGAAAAGAGUAGUCUUCACAGUUGAUUCUCCAUUCAUCUCUCUCUCUCUCUCUCUCUCUCUCUCUGCGUGGAAGCAUAAUCCAGAUAAAAUGCUGAUAUGUACACAACUACAGAUAACAUAUUGUUGAUUUUUCCUGCGAGAAAAAAAGUACUGCCACCCUGAACCUACCAUGAUAAAACAGGUAAAAAUUCCAGUUGAAUGACAGAAAGAAGAGAAAUCAGGGAGAGUAGUUUUUUUUUAUUAACACAUCUCUCACGAGCAGUGAUAUCUAAAGGUUGGACUGAAAUGAUUUUAGAUUUCACGACCAAUAAAUACAAAGUCAAUUGGAUUAGAUUAAGUUCAUUCAAACUAUAUUCUUCUUGUAAUUUAUACUUAUUUGAACAAAGGAUUUUAGGUCUUUGUCCGGUACAUAUUUUUUUUAAUCGAUUCAAGCAUGUUUAUCUACACCGAAUCAAAUAAAUUUAUGAAAAAUUACAU